CUAAAUCCGCUUGUAUAAUGGUGGGAGGUUUACAUCUCAAGGUCGUCUGACAGACUUUAUACAUAAUAACUUGAAAUUUAAAACUUUUACCCAAAGAACUGAAGGAGCGGAAAUAAAAACGAACAAGGGAUAAUUAAGGGGAACAUUCCGUCAUAAAAUUAAGCAGAAAUAAAGAGGGAUUGCCACGCUUUUGGCUCCUCUGACUACAGCCUCAUUUCUUUGAAGUCAUCAGUCUCCAUAUAUCAGCGUACAGAAAUAUAAAUGCAUAUCUGAUGUCUUCAGUCAGGGAGUUAAAAGAAUCACCAGUGGCCUCAGCUCAAGCGUAUGUUUUGCAUUUUAACACUGAAGACCGAAUAUGGCUACCAAGUGGUGGGACACGCUCACUUUCAUGGGUUCAAAUUUUACAACAAAAAGGUUUAGACGCUUAUCGUAUCGUAGGUUGGCGUCAGCCAGAUAAUCAGGUUGUUGUUAAUUCAGUGUUAAAAGCUGGACUCGAGUAUCAAAUACAUGGUCAAUUUCAUGAAUGGCGUGAUCCAAUCACUUCUAGAGUAUAUGGUUUACAUUUUCCGGAACAAGAAGAUGCUGCAAUGUUUUUGAAAACAAUCAAUUUUAUUUUGAAUAAACUGACAAAUCCUGAUUGCAAAAAUGUAUUUGAUGGUGAAAACAUAAAUAUCAAUUCACAGUCACGUGAAUAUGCACAACCGUUUAUUUCAAAUGCAUUAGAUUCAUCAAAUAAUCAUGCUACCACACCAAAAGGUUGUACCAUAGUUAUUAAUCCAGCAAAUGUUGGCACCGAUGGAAUUGAUGCAAUGGAAAAUAAAACUACUCUACCAAAACAACCGGAACCUAAUGAAUUGGCAAAUUAUGAAUAUCAAGAUAAUGUUAAUCAAUCUAAUCAAAUAAAUAAAUUGAUAACUGCUACUACUCUGACUAAUAAUAAUAAUAUUAGUAGUGGUAGUAAAGAUUCUGGUGCAUUUGAAACACAUCGUCGUCAACUGUCUUCUACAUCAUCAAUUAGUUUAGGUUAUGCUACAGGUCCUGGGACAAUUGCAACUCCUUCAUCUGCCUCUUCAUCAUCUACUGGCUACGGUUAUGGUUAUGGAUAUGCAGGUUCAGGAAGUUUAGCUAGUUAUGCAAGUACUAGUAGCAGUGGAAGCAGUGUUGGUAAUGGUCCAAUUAAUGGUAAUUAUUUGAGCACAAUGCAUCGUCUUAGUAAUCAAAAUUUAAGGAAUCCAUCUCUAACUGGAGAGUCUAUCAGUAGUAACUGGUCAGGCUUGAGUUCUCAAGUUUCUCGUGAAAUUGUUAAUCAUUCAACUGUUGCUGUUAACACAAACAGUUCAAAUUCAUCGUCAGUGUUAACAACAUCAGUACCGGGUAGUAAUAAUAAUAAUGAUCAGAAUAAUGACGAAGAGUUAGCUAAACAGUCAGAAUCAUCUGGAUUAGCUGCUAUGCUACAAGAAGCUAUUGCUGCACGUAAACGUAAUAAAGAAAAUCGAUGUAAUGAUUCAAUAAGACCAAGUAUUAAUUCAACUUCUUGCAAUAAUUCGAUAAUUUCAACUACAAAAUCCCCGCCACCACCACCACCUCCAGCGCCACCGACAUUAUCAUCAAUUACUCAACCGAAAAAUGACAAAACCAACCCAAUAAAACGUACAGAUUCUACACAGCAAUUAAGAAAAGAUUCCAUUGAUCAAAAAUCUUCUAUGCUAGCUGAAAUUCAACGUCGUAUACAAGCUAGACGACAAUUAAUCGAUGCUGCUGAAGAAGAAUGUGGUUUGCUUAAAAAAGAUCAUCAUUUGGAAUCAUCAAAAUCUAUCUCCAUACCUUCUGAAAAUACCGGUGUUAUAUCGACUAAUUCGAUCGAUUCAUCAUUAAAUAGCCGAAAUGUUAAUACAUCUAAUUGUUCCACAAUAUCAAAUAUUAUAAAUUCUGAUUUAUCACUUACUCGUUCAGAAUUGGAUAAUUUACGUCGUGAAAUUAUUAUUGAACUACGUAAAGAAGUUCAAUUGGCGAAAAAAUGAAAUUAUGGAUUUUUGAAUGAGUUUGAGUUUAACACAAUCUGCGAACAUUGGGUUAUAUCCACAUAAUGUACAGAAAAUUGAAAUUUAAGUAGAAUAAUAAUAUAUUUGUACAAAGAUAAAUAUUGAUCAGAAAUAGAGAUCAAUUAUGUUCAUAAUCACUAAUUUAUCAUUCAUAAUUUUCCUUUUAUUACAUUUUUCAAGGUAUCAAAUUGUAUAAAGCUGUUUAACUAUUUGGACUAUGCACUCGUUUGAUCUUUGUGUACACGUUAUUUGAAUAAACACAACUGUCUUGAAAAUAUUGAACAUUUGAUCAAUUUAUACUAUUUCACAUUAUAAUACAAUUCUAUCACCAAAUUGAAAUUUGUAAUUAUCUAUUUGUUUGUUUGUCUAUUUUUUUCUUCUCUAUUUUGUUUGGAUUGGCUUCUAAUACUUUUAAAAUCUUUAAAAACGAAUGAAUUAAUUGCACAUCUCAUUUUUUUCACAUUCAUUGAAUGUGUCUAAUUCUUGGAAUGUCAUUUCUUUUAUGUUUUACAUCUGUUAAAACGUAUUAUUACAUUCCAUUUAUUUAUUAGUUUUCUUUGUUUUUGUUUUUUUGCUUGUCUAUUUAUUUAUUUAUUUAUAUAAAUAUGGAACAUAAUAACACAUUGUUCAGUAGGAUAAAUGAAUGAUGAUGGGCUUAGUACUUUCUGUCAUUUGUUUAAAUUACCUCAUUAUGAUACGUUUAGUAGCGUGGAUACUACUUCUUUCUAGGUUAUUUCCUCAAUUGUGUAUGGUCAUUAUUUGAAUCAUCUAUACUCUUCGUAAUGUAUCCAUACAAAAAAGAAAAGGGAGUAUAUUAUAAAUUUCUUUUUUAAAUUCUCAAUAUAUUUUUUAUUUAAAUUGGAUUAGGCUUUUAUUAUUAUUAUUAAUGCUACUCCAAUUGUCGAUUUAAUUUUAUUAUUACCUCAUAUAACUAGUUGAAAUUUGUUAUUUGGUUCUGUGUGUGUGUGUGUGUGUUAUUUAGUCAUUAUUCGCACAAUUAUCUAUCCAAUUUGAUUGUUUAAUUGAGAAUUGGAAGUCAUAUGUACUAGACGGUAUUCUUACAUUGAAAAACAAACAAACAUGUAUGCAUGUACAAUAGCUGAGUUUUUGUUUGUAUUUUUCAUAUUCGUAAUUAAUCUCUCCUUAUUAUCAUGAUGUAUCCUGUUUUGAUUUCAUUUUAUUCAUCUUUUUCACGUAUAUUAUAUAGUGCCUCAGAGUAAUUGCAAAUAUACAUAUAUGCAUUGUAGAAUGUUAAUUACUUUCCUUAAUUUUCAUUUUAUGUAAACACUUUCUUGUUUAUCAGUGUUCUUUUAAAAUGAUAAUGAUAAAAAUACAUAAACAUAAUAUAUAUUCUCGCAU